AUGGACGUAAUACGUUGGCCGGGUUUACGUCAAAAUACGAUGAAAUACUCUAGUGCUAAUUAUUAUCUUGGGUGUUAUAUUGAUCACGUCGGAACUCGUGAUCUUGGAACAUUUAUUGGUGACAAACUAAGUUCAGCACAAUGUGUUGCUAAUUGUCGAGAACAAAAUUUUGUUUACGCCGCUAUACAAUUUGGAAACGAAUGUCGCUGUGGUCAGACGUAUGGAAGAUAUGGCAGAGUACUAGAUGACGAAUGUGAUUAUCAAUGUAUAGAUGAAGACAUAGCAGCAAAAUGUGGUGGUGAUAAUCGAAAUAGAUCAGAUAGUCAUUGUUCAAAUAAUGUGAUUGGAUACCGGGGCUGUUUUAAAGAAAGUGUUUUGCAAAUAAUGAUAGGAAUUGUUAAUAAUAUUCAUGCGUGUAUUAGUCUUUGCGCUGGAUUCCAGUAUGGCGGAGUUCUUAAUGGAAGUUUAUGCUAUUGCGGUACGGAAAUUGAAUGGUCAACAAAUUUGAACGAAACCGAUUGUACAAUUCCAUGUUUAACAAAUAAUACAACGUGUUGUGGUGGUAUAUCAUUAUUUAGUGUAUACGAUGUUAAUGUCUAUAAUGCUGUAACUGUCGGUAACUCCGUGAUAUUAACCAAAGAGUCGGUGUCUUCUCUAACAUCAAAUCAAACACUAAAAAGUUUAUUAUCGACUUUUGUUACCAUAACACCAGCAACAAACAACGUUGUAACUUCCUCUACACUUACGCUUACUUCGACAACCAUUACUGAAUCAUUAACGAUAAUGUCGUAUGCAGCUAACGUUGAAAUGACACCAAGCGAUUCGCAAAUGUUCAACAUUAGGCAACCAGAAUUAGAUGUUUCAGCAACAACCACUGUUACGGACACAUCGUUAAACCUGAGUCACCAAUCUUUUACUUCGUCCACAAUUUUACCUUCCACUACUUCAGUCUCUCCAAUUAUUAGUACAGUUUCUACUCAGAUGAUAACACAAUCUUCUCUAAGAACAGUUGGGGAUACUGGCUCUAUUGCGAAUCUUGUUCAAAAUUCAACAAUUAUCAACGAUGUCUUUACCUUCAUGGAAACAUCACAACUUGCUACAGCAGCAACAGCAACUACUACACAGCUAAUUAAUAUUGUAUACAUACGUUUUACAGGACCAACUUUUGAUCCAAAUAAUAGUGCUCAAGUUUCCAAAUUAAAAGAAGGUUUAAGGGCAAUUGCGCAACUUGCAAUGGAUGCGCCGAAUGAUUACGAAGUUUUCUAUUACGUAACAAAUUCUACGAUCAUUAAUGGUUCUGUAUUUUAUGAUGGUAUUAGCAAUCUUUCUCUAACUGAAAUAAAUUCUAAACUACAAAAACAUGCUGCAGAUUUUACAGUGACAUUGGGAGAAAAAGUUCAACGUGCAGAUUUGUCAAAUAUUACUGUAACAACACCGAUUUUAACAGAUCAAAAAUUAUGGUUGAUUGGUGCUAUUAUGGGUCCAAUAUUUUUUGUAAUACUUUUAAUCCUGCUGUUCUUAUAUCUUCAUUUCAAGUGUCGACCAAGAAAUAAUAACAAAACGCAUACUGGAAAAAUACCCUCCGGUGUACCUGAGUCAAGCAGAAAAGCACCACUAUUAAAUGCUGCAGGAAGCACAAAUAACAAUAAUAUUCAAGAACGUCAAUCUGCACCAACAAUUGUCGAUCUGAUACAAUCAAAUCCAUUAGAUCAACAACAACCGAAACACAUGUCGCCAAGACCACAACUCAACGACGAAAACAUCGUCGACAUUCCUCCGCAAUUACCGAAAUCGUCUGAUAUACCUCUUCAUAUUCGAGAGAGUAUAAGAAUCUCCACUCACUGA